GUUUAGCACUUCGUACGUUUCAAAAAUCAUCUCCUCAGAAAAGGAUGAAGAAUUUUGAAUUAGGGACGACUCUGAAGCAAAUCGACCUCGACCAUGUCUAAAAAGGGUCACACGAUAAAAUCUAACGCCGAUGUUCUAACGACUCUGAAGCAAUCCCCCAUCCUUCCACCUCUCUCCUCCUCACCCGUGCCACUCCGUCUCGAUGGAGACAGGUGGUUUCGUUCUCCUGCAGCUCGAUGCCUACGUCAUUCUCAACUUCCACGGCCAUGGCGGCCAAUCCCUGAACCAGACCUGCGAUGCCGCAGACCUCGAGGCACUCCGGUGGGCUGCGCCGUUGCGGAAGGAGAUGGACGCCAGGGCACCACCGGUCUGACCUUGUCCGGCCCGCUAACUCUCCUCGCCCCCACCUCCAUCCCCCCCGCGUGCCAAACUCUCCUGGCCUCCCCCUCUCAGAUCUCUCUCCUCCUGUGCCCCGAUCUCCUCCCUCGCCUACAGUAGCCACCACCUCCCUCCACGGAUCGACGCCGGCUGGGAUACGCCUCCCUCCGGGAGAUCCGCCAUUCCUGUGGCCUACUCACACUUUGUCCCCAUCUCUCUCUUCGCCUUUAUUCCCCACCCCAUCGUUUUCUCCCUCUGCUCGCUUUCCACCAACGCAGCCGCCGCCCGCCCAUGCCCAUGGCCGCUGCGAUGGCGGCAUCUCGUCCCGCUCCGAGUCACUCCGCGCCAGGUGCCACGUUGUUGGCGGCCACGCCCUCCACUCUUGUCCACGGUGGCCUCUGCCCAACUUCUGCCUGGGCUGCUCCAAACCCUCAUCAACGGGGUCGUCGUGCUCGUCGAAUGCCUCCACCCGGCAGACAUCGGAGGGGAGCGAUGUGCUUGCUUGUUUUGGUCCAACCUGAGUUGAUUAUGUAUGGUUCUUGUGUGGUCAUGUGCAGGAUGUUGUACCAAGAAGGGCUCCGGGCACCUAAUGGAAGAAGACCAGUGCUUUCCUCAGAUCACCUUCUUAUUUCUGUGAUAAUGAGAUUCCAUUCCCUUCUACCAUGAGAUAGAAAGGGGCCAUGAAGGAGUUGUUGCUUUUAACUGAAGAUUUGUUGCUGCAGGGAGGAGGUGUUUUCUAUCUGAAACUGUUUGUCAUGUACAUAGCUGUUAUCAAGUUUGAAUUGCUGUUGGGUGAGGUUUUCAUGAAAGUGAUUCAUGAUGCAUGAUCAAAAUCAAGUUGGAAAGUACUACAUGAACAUUUUUUUCUCUGUCUGCCGUGAUUUCAACUUGGUGGACGUAAAUAGCAACUUGCUUUCAGCUUGGUUGGAAUUAUCCUGUGAUCUUAAUUAGCAAGCUUUAAGUCCAAAGUUAUAGCAUGAAGGGCAUCAUAGAUUUUUUCUCUCUCAUGGUUUUGAGCAGAGAGAGCUGCAGGUACCUGAAUAUGAUCUUAAUUUUGCAGCUUAGAGCCUAGUUUUGAUAGCGGUCUUCGAAUCUUGUUGUUUGCCUUUGAUCACAUUCUUUUUUUUUGUCGCUGUAAUUUCUGGCCUUUAUUCCUGGAGUAGUUCUGUGCUUCAUGGCGGCUGGGUAUAUAUCAUGACUGUAGGAAGGAAAAAAAAAUCCUAAAGAAGGAUGGUUAGGGUAGAGAACAAUGUAAAAAGGCUGGAAAAGUUAUCGCACGGUGGAGCAGGGCGUGAUUUCAACUGCCGCUUUGUGUCAGAGGCAUUUAAUGCGGUAAUGGAUUUAAAUGCGGGACCGGUCGGGACGUCAGCUUUUUUCUAUAUGGGAUUGAGCGCCGCGGAAGAUAUCUGGGAUUGUCGGAACUGAGCACCGCGGAACACCAGGGAGUGCGCGCGCGCUCCCUAGCCGGUCCCAAAAUUUAGUACUCCAUGACAAUACUACUCCGUAACACAUAAAACCCCGUCAUUCAGUUUAUCAUAAAACACCACUACGGGCAACAUUAGCCUCCAGGGGGGAGCGAGCAGGGGUCAGACCCCUCCCAAUGCAUCGCCCCCCAAAACAGAUUUCCACGGUGCAUAUACUAGUACUAAUGAAUUUAAGGUGUUAAAUUAAUGAGCUUAAGGUGCUAAUGGCCGGAACUAAUUAAGUAGCUAACCCAAUACAUACCCAGAAAAAGGCCCAACAAAAAGAAAAAAAGCCCACAAGUGCCCACUACGGCUGAUUACGUGAGAAUCGGGCAAUCGGCAGCAUCAGGGCAUCCGGCUGAUACGUGAUCGAUCUGUUCCCUGCCGUCACCAGUUCUCUUCCUCUGUUCUUCUUCAUCUCCAGACGACGGACGACCAGACCAGACACUGCAGCUUGGGAGACGAUCGAUUGAUCGAGUCGCCGGAGGCCGAAGCCGGACCCACGUACAGAUGAAGAGGAAGAAUCAAGGGUCUGGAAAGACGCCAUCAAUAUCAUGUUGGUACAAACCAGUACCAGUUGCUUCAAAUUCAAGCUCUAGUAUUCCUGCUGUUCAGAAUAUUGUAGUAUCAUCUGAAGAGGAAAACGCAAACCCAUCUGAAGAAGAGCAUCCAUCUGUAGAUGAUAACUCAACUGAUAAUCCAAUUGAUAUGCAAACUGAUGAUCAAAAUAUUGUAGCAUCAGUGGAAGUUUCAGAACAGGCUAGAGUAGGAAGUACAGCAUAUGAACGGGAUCCGGGUAAACGCCAACAGAUUUGGGAACUCCCUCUGGAUAAGCAAGAAGAAGCUCGCCGAUUUUAUAUUUCAGAGGGCCCCUUUCAGCCAUACAUGGCCAAUUAUCCGUAUAAUGAACAUCGUCGUCGAUUCCAAUAUAGCUAUUUCACUAAUUUUCCUUGGCUAGAGUAUUCACUUGUUAAACAUCAUGCAUAUUGCCUGCCUUGUUUCCUCUUCACAAGAAAGCCAAAUGGUAGAUGUGGCUCGGAUACAUUCACAGUCGAUGGAUUUUCGAACUGGAAGAAGGUGAAUGCUGGAAAAAAAUUGUGCUUUCUUAACUCACAUGGGCAAAGAUUCAAACUCUGCUCAUAACUUUUCGGUUCGAUCGUUUCAUAGUCUGAAAAAUAGUAUGACUCAUAUCAACAAGGCGAUUGUACAAGCAUCUGCAAAAAUGAUUGGAAAUGCAAGGCAAAGGCUUAAAGUUACAAUUGAUUCCAUCAGGUGGUUAACAUUCCAAGCUUGUGCUUUUAGAGGCCAUGAUGAAUCUCCAGGAUCCAUAAAUCAGGGUAAUUUUCCUGAACUGAUAAAGUUAUUGGCUUUGUAUAACAAGGAGGUGAAUGAGGUUGUCCUACAAAAUGCUCCACGCAAUGCUAAGUACACAUCUGGAGAGGUUCAACAAGAAAUUCUUCAGUUACUAUCUCGUAGAGUGCAAAAAAAUAUUAUAGAAGAAAUUGGUACUAGCAAGUUCUGUAUAAUGGUGGACAAAGCUUGAGAUGAAUCCAAAAAAGAGCAGAUGGCAUUGGUCAUUCGAUUUGUUAACAAGGAAGGGUUUAUAAAGGAGCGGUUCCUUGAUGUUAUUCAUGUAAAAGACACAGUUGCAUCGACUCUGAAGGAUGCAAUUUGUGCUAUCCUUGUUGAUAAUAAUCUGAAUGUGCAAGAUAUCAGAGGACAAGGAUACGACGGGGCAAGCAACAUGAGAGGGGAAUGGAAUGGACUGAAGGCUCUUAUUCUGAAUGAGUGCCCUUAUGCAUAUUAUGUCCAUUGCAUGGCUCAUCAGUUACAAUUGGCUCUUGUUGCAGCAUCAAGAGAAGUGCCUGAUGUGCACAAUUUUUUUCAGCAUGCAAAUUUCAUCAUAAAUGUGGUUAGUGCGUCGUCUAAACGCAAUGAUGAGUUACUUGCAAAACAAGCUAUUGAGAUUGCACGUGAAAUUGAAUUGGGAGAGCUCGAUACAGGCAAAGGGGCAAAUCAAAUAGGCUCUUUACAGAGACCAGGGGACACUAGAUGGAGCUCUCACUUCAAGUCAAUUCACAGCUUGCGAAAGAUGUUUGGUGCUACAAUUGCAGUCCUAAGGAGUAUAGCAACGGAUCGUUCCGUCUCACAAUAUUCUAGAGGAGAUGCUGCGGGAGCCCUAAAGAUAAUCAUCUCUUUUGAUUUUGUUUUUAUUCUGCACCUCAUGGAGAAAAUUAUGAAGAUAACAGAUGUCUUGUGUCAAAUACUCCAAAAGAAAUCUGUUGACAUAUUGAAUGCAUUAAAUUCUGUCUCAAACACCAAAGCGCUUAUUGGUAAGCUAAGGGAAGAUGGUUGGGAACCUCUUAUGGAGGAGGUUAAAUCUUUUUGUCUGAAGCAUGAGAUUGAUAUCUCAGAUUUGAACAACAAGUAUGUUGAUGUGACUAAGUCUCGGAACAAGCAUGAUAACACAACAACACUUCACCAUUAUAAAGUAGAUGUGUUCAACGUUGCCAUAGAUCAACAAGUGGUGGAGUUCAAUAAUCGAUUUGGUGUUCAAAGUACAGAGCUUCUGACACCGUGUGCAUCCUUGGAUCCAAGACUUGACUCUUUUGACAUAUCAAAUAUAUGUUCUUUGGUGGAAAAGUUUUAUCCGGCUGAUUUUUCUACCCAAGAACGAGCUCAACUGGAGUCUCAGCUGCCACAUUUUCAAUUGGAUGUCUGCAACCAUCCGGAACUAAAAUGCAUGCCUUCACUUGCUGAUUUAACAGUUGGUCUAGCUAAAACAGGUAAAUCUGAUGCAUACUCGAUGGUUGAUAGGUUAUUGCGCUUGGUCAUAACUCUACCAGUGUCAACCGCAACCACCGAGCGAGCUUUUUCAGCUAUGAAACUGAUCAAGACGCGUCUUCGAAAUAAAAUGAGAGAUGACUUUCUUCGACACUACAUGAUCGUCUAUAUUGGGAAGGAAUUAGCUAAAAAAGUCACCUCCGAUAAGAUCAUUGACUUGUUCGAUGAGCUUGGUAGUCGUAGAGUUAAAUUUAAGCUCAUAGAAAUUUAGUUUCUUUUGUUCUUGCACACAUUUAUUGCUAUACUUUCUAUCGAUAUACUACAUUGAGACUCUUUAUAUUGAGACUUUAUAUAUUGGUAUUUUUAUCUAUACUUUGUGUUUUUAA